AUGCUCGAUGAUGCGGUUGCCGGCGACAUCCUGGCCUACCUCCCUUACAGUGAUCUCGGGGUCAGCAACCUGAUCAGCAAGGCGUGGUUGGCGCCCAACGAGAACGAGUCACUCUGGCGCCCGUUUCUUUCUACGGUGGAUCCCAUCUCGAUCUUAGGGCCAGCUAAGCUUUCGGAGCUCGCUGAGCAGUUCACGUGCCGACAGGUUGUGACCCAGCUUUCACUCCCCUUACGCUCGCUGUGCCGGGACCCAACGAGCGGGUUCUUCACUGUGACGUGCUCCAGGGUGUGCGAGCCUUGCUUCGGAACGGACACCCGCGUCAAGAUGUGUAGCCUCAGUUUCGCGAAGCACCAUUUUCUUCUCAGCAGCUCUCAGGCGGCCCGGCUUCCCACGCUUCAUGUAGACAAGGCCUAUGAGACAGGCUUGCCAGGGGUGGAAAGAUUCAGCCACAACAAGAGAAGCAUCACACGGACGACGUGCAGCGCUGGGAAGUCGUCCGCCUUGGCUAGGUGGGGCUCGGAAGAAGUUUUCCAAGCGGAGAUGAGCGCCAGGAAGGGCAAGGCGGAGGCUGCACAUCGAGCUCGCGUCGCCGCCUACGAAGCCGCGCAGGAGAGCAUGGCCGGACGUGCCCCCCCCCUCCCCGAGACGCCGUCGGGGAAGAAGAUUCGACAUCGACAUCACCUUCCGCUGAGCCAUCUCCGCUCGAGAAACCAAAGCCCUACCCGUCCGCCCCUCGCAUUUGCGGCCUUAGCGACGAAACGAAUUUCGUGGGAGCGAACCAGCAAGAGUACCACCGCGUCCGAGGCGAGAAGUAUGGGUACUAUCAGAUUGUCAACGACGCCUUCUUCGACGCUGGUCCGACGAUUGCUAUCAGCUCCAAACCCUCACGGACCGGACACAAGCACCAACACGAGCAACAACGAUGACCUCGACGAGAACGUGUGCGGCGCGUCAUGCAAUUCGUGUUCCUCCAACUCGUACGCCCGCUUCCACACCAUGACCGAAUCCGAGUCGUACUGCCCAUGGGACGUUCAAGGGUACGAGAGGGAGAGAAGGGGCCGGGCGUUCGUCGAGGCGCUGAAGACAGCCAAGGAGGGCACGACCAUCAAGGUCUCUACACGAAUCACGGUGGCCGGCAGCAUUUACAUCUCUGGAGCCAUCAGGAUCAUUGGCACCUCUCGCGGCCGACUCGAGCUGCAGGAUGGCGCUCUCUUUGUAAAGAACGCGUCCAGUGUAUGUACCCAGCCAAGGUUUUGUUCGGCAGUGAAACGUACCUGA